CUUCCUUCCUGGGGCCGUGACCCAGGUCCUCCUCACUGGGCCACGGCCUGGAUUCGCGGUCUCUGAGUCACCUGGUUUGGCAGUGCCCCUCAGGCCCACACUGUGGCUGCCGCCCACCUGAGCAGGAGGGGUGGGCCAGGUGCUGAGCUCCCCAUUGCUGGGGCCACCUGAUGUCAGGAACCCCAGCCUUGAGUCCCGCCCCAGGGCCACACCCUUCCCUAGGAGGGAAAAGGUGGCUGCUCGCCCUGCACACAGGCGCUGGGCGGACUGGGAGGACAGACAGCACCGCUGCACUGCAGCCUGGCCAUGGACCCCCACGAGAUGGUCGUGAAGAACCCAUAUACCCACAUCAGCAUCCCCCGGGCUCACCUGCGGCCUGACCUGGGGCAGCAAUUAGAGGAGGCUCCCUCCUCGUCCUCAUCCUCGGAGACUCAGCCUCUGCCCACAGCAACCUGUACCCCGGUGCCAGCUCGGGUCCUGUGGCCCACUGAGGCUGAAGUGCCCAAGGGAGCCAAGGGGGCAAAGGGAGCUAAGGGGGCUGUGCCCAGCCAGAGCCAGCAGUCCUGGGGGCAGCCUUGCAAUCCCUACGGCAGUGGGCAGCGCCCGGGAGGACUGACCUAUGCUGGCCGGCCGCCCCUGGGGCGCGGUGACGACAUCGCGCACCACUGCUGCUGCUGCCCCUGCUGCUCCUGCUGCCACUGCCCGCCGUUCUGCCGCUGUCACAGCUGCUGCUGUGUCCUCCUCUAGCCCGCCCACUGAGAGGCACCAGGCUCUGCUCUGGGCCGUGGCGGUGCCGGACAUUAGGGGCAACCAUUGUCAACGGACUCCUGCCACUUGCUGCCCUGGACGGGGACUGUGCCCACCUGGCAGCCAGCUGGCUCAGCGGGGGCUUUUGGAACAGUCAUGGGCACUGGCCAUCCAGGUGGCAGCGGGGACCCCCUUGACCACUGGCCGCAAAGCCCAGGCAAUAAAGGAGGGUGAGCUUUGUGCCAGC